GAAAGGUGACAGAGUUGGUGGCGUGCACGCACAUUCCAGUGCACGUUCUUUCCUCCAGCUCGCUCUGUCUGUCUGUCUGUCUUUUCUUUUCUUUUCUUUUAAUUUCCCUAAUUAAACAUUAAUUAACAAUAAUUAAGUUAGUUAAUAUUGUUGGUGUUUGGUUUAGAGAAGAAGGGUUGCAUGGUUUUGGUCUGAAGAGAAAGAAGACGACGAAGAAGAAAGAUGUUGCAGAGAGCUGCAAGCAAUGCAUAUUCAUGGUGGUGGGCCAGCCACAUCAGAACUAAGCAAUCCAAAUGGCUCGAUCAAAACCUCCAAGAUAUGGAGGAAAAGGUGCAGAGUGUGCUUAAACUCAUUGAAGAGGAUGGAGACUCCUUUGCCAAGAGAGCAGAAAUGUACUUCAAAAAUAGACCGGAGCUGAUACACUUCGUCGAAGAAACAUACAGAGCUUACCGGUCCUUAGCUGAGCGAUAUGAUCACAUUUCAACAGAGCUACAAAAUGCCAACAACACAAUCGCUUCUGUUUUCCCGGAACAAGUUCAGUUUGCCAUGGAUGACGAAGAUGAAUAUCCCUCGACUAAAACGCCUAGAAGGCCUCCAGAUAUCUCAAGGAACAUCCCAAACGUUCCCCCGAAGGGUCCUACUAAAGAUUUAAGGAGUCUUCUCACGAAAGCAAAGAAAAAUAAGCUGCAGCCUCAGCGAUCAAUGAAAUCGACGUCUGCUAAAACAGUUCCUAAAUCCGGCUUGACUAAACCUCAGGCACGUGAAGAGAUUGACAAGACUCAGAAACAGAUUCUGUCCCUACAAACAGAGAAAGAGUUUGUAAAGAGUUCGUACGAGAAUGGACUUGCCAAGUACUGGGAAAUUGAGAACCAAAUAAAGGGAUUGCAGGAGAAAGUAUGCGUUUUGCAAGAUGAAUUUGGUGAUGGAACGGUCAUUGAAGAUAACGAGGCUCGGAAUUUGAUGGCAGCAGCUGCUUUAAAGUCAUGCCAACAGACAUUGGUUGAAUUGCAGGCAAAACAGGAAACUACAGCUGAGGAAGCGAGGGUUGAGUCGAAAAGGGUUAAGGAUGCCCGGAAGAACUUAGAGACUCUUAAGAAUGAGUUUCAUCCUGAUCAACCCAAUCCGGAAAAGCCAAAUGCAAAGGAUGAAUCUGUAAAUGCAGCAAAUGAGAAAAGCUUGGACCAGGAAGUGGACAAGGCAGCCCAUCAGAAGCAGAAAUUAGAGUUGUUACGGGAGAAAAUUAAGGAACACUAUGACGCCGCACCAGAUUCAUCUCUCACUGUUGCAGAAAUGGCAGAAAAGAUUGACGAGCUCGUGACUAAGGUGAUCAGUUUAGAGAGUGCAGUUUCAUCACAGACUGCUCUAGUCAAGAGACUAAGAAGCGAAAAUGAUGAGAUUCAAGAACAGAUUAAAAAUCUGGAAGGUGAUAAGGCAACUCUCGUCGGUGACAAGAAAGACUUGAGCGAAAAGUUGAAGGAAAUGGAGGAAAAGCUGCAUGAAGUUCAGGAUCUCAACCAAAGUGUUGAAAACCAGAAUGACAAUCUCCAGACACAUUUUACUGAAGCGACUUGUAAUCUCGAUCACAUUUCUCAUAAACUGGAAGCCGUGAAGCCAGAUGAGGAGGUCAAGGUCACAGGCUCAUCAGAAACAAAAGAGGAAUCUCUUGUUGAAACCAAGUUGCAGAAACAGCUUGAAGGAGAAGUAAAUGCAGUUAAUCCUGUUGCUGGAUCCAAGGUACUGCAGGAAGAAAAGUCAGAUGAGGAACUGAAGCCUACAGUUUCACUGCAAAAAGAUGAAGAACUUCCGCCUGAAGUGAGAGCGUUAAAAGAGUCAACAGAACAUAAGGAAAUGGCAAAGUCUACUGAUGGUUCUGUAAAAGCUACAGAUGCUCUCAGUACUUCUGCAGGAAAAGAUGUUUCUCAAUCCCUGGAAAUUAAAAAUGCGGUUAAUCCUGUUGCUGGAUCCAAGGUACUGCAGGAAGCGAAGUCAGAUGAGGUUCAGCCUACAGUUUCACCGCGACAAGAUGAAGAACUUCCACCUAAAGUGAGACCGUUAAUAGAGUCAACCGAACAUAAGGAAAUGGAAAAGUCUGCUGAUGGUUCAGCUACAGAUGCUCUCAGUACUUCUGCCGGCAAUCAAGGAAAAGAAGUUUCUCAAUCCCCGGAAAUUGAAAAGUCGGUUAGUCCUGUUGCUGGCUCCAAGGUAGUGCAGGAAGCGAAGUCGGAUGAGGAACUGAAGGCUACAGUUUCACAGCGAAAAGAAGAAGAAUCUCUGGAUGAAGGGAGACCGUCCAAAGAGUCCAUGGAGCAUAAGCAAACAGAAAAUCCUGCUGAUGGUUCUCUAACAGCUACAGAUGCUCUCAGUACUUCCGCUGGAAAUCAAGGAAAAGAUGUUUGUGAAUCUCCAGAAAUUAAUAACGAAGAUGAGCCAGAUUGGCAGAAAUUGUUUGUGAAUGGGAUGGAGGGCAGAGAAAAGAUUCUAUUGACAGAGUACACGAUAACUCUUCGGAACUACAAGGAUCUGAAGAAGAAGUUCAGCGAAGCAGAGAACGACCUCUUUGAAACAUCAGUGCAGAUAAAAGAACUGAAGAGUGCCAGUGCCAUGAAAGAUGAAGAGAUUAAACAGUUGCAUAAGAAACUGGAUCUUCUGCUACAGAGUUUAGGUAAAAGUAAAGACUCAGAAGAGCUUAAAGCUUUAGAUACCGAGCAGACCCCGACAAGUAUUUCAGCAGACAGGAAAGAGGAUGACGAAUUUGAGGGAACUUCAGAAAUAGAAGAAAAAUUCCGAUCAAACAUUGAUGAACUGUUGGAGGAGAACUUGGAUUUCUGGUUAAAAUUUAGCGCUUCAUUCCACCAAGUACAACAAUUUGAAACUACCGUCCAAGAUUUGCAGUCUGAGAUAUCCAAGCUUGAGGAGAAAACUAAGAAACAAGACGGAAGUAGUCAUGCAAAAUAUUCUAUGAAAUCAGAUGCACGACCAAUAUACAAGCACCUAAUGGAGAUACAAACUGAAUUGAAUGUUUGGUUGGAAAAGGGUGCGCUACUGAAGGACGAACUGCAGUGCAGAUUCACGUCUUUGUGCGACAUUCAAGAAGAAAUAACAAAGGCUCUGAAGACAAGUGCUGAGGAUGGUGACUUCAAGUUUACAAGCUACCAAGCUGCAAAGUUCCAAGGCGAAAUUUUAAAUAUGAAACAAGAGAAUAACAAGGUUGCAGAUGAGUUGCAAGCAGGAUUGGAUCAUGUCAACGCACUCCAAAUUGAAAUAGAGAAAACUAUGGCAAAGUUGAACGAGGAUUACAGGCUCGUUGGAUCAAAGAAGCAUCCACCUCCACAGCUGGCUCACUCUGAGAGUCGUUCACGAGUUCCCUUGAGGUCAUUUAUAUUUGGCGUCACACCAAAGAAGCAAAAGCGAUCAAUCUUCUCCGUUGUGGCCCCUGCAAUGCAUAAGAGAUACCAAGAUUCAAAAGCUAAGUCAUCUCAGCUGUAGAUCGUUUCAUUGUGUGCAUUUUGUUUUUCUUUGCUUUCGUUUCCACUUUUGAACAGCAUUUCGACAGAUUUCCUCCAUUUUUUCCGUUUC